AUGUAUUCAUCAAGUUGUAUUGAAAAUUUCUCUAAUGAAAUCUUCUAUGAAAUAUUUGAUUAUCUUGAUGGUUAUGAUAUCUAUAAAGCAUUUUCUAAUCUUAAUAUUCGUUUAGAAAAUCUUUUAAUUAAUUCAUCAUUACUUAUGAAAAUUCAAAUUCCUUCUAACACAAUAUUCAAUUUUCAUUAUAAUCAAUUUCUUAAAUUAAACAAACAUCAUAUUAUUUCAUUUGGUUUUCAUUCUGAAUAUAUUCUUGAUAAAUUCAUGAAUUUCUUUAUUAUUGAUUCAUUAUUUUCUCGUCUUGAAAGACUUGUUUUUUAUUCAAUCUCAGUACAUAAAUUAAUAAUAGUUCUUUUUUAUUUGAAAUCUUUACCUUAUCUUUCUUCAUUAAGUAUUUGUAUUAAUAAUUGUUCUCAUAAUCUUGGUGAUAUCUAUCAAAUGAUAUUUCAUUUAUCUUUGAAAUAUUUUCGAAUAGCAGUUCCACGAUAUCCACAUUUAUGUAUUACUAUUCCAAUUACUGCUCAAAACCAAUUUUCAGAAACUUGGAUCGAUUUUCAAGAACAUUUACAUGUUAAUCAAAAUUCAAAAAAUAAUAUUAAUGAUUCCUCAAAUCCUUAUUUUUCACUAGUUGAACUUAAUGUUGUUGGUACUUUUAUUACUAGAAUUGAGGAAUCAAUAAUUGAUAAAAUUAAUCCUAUAUUAAUUACGACACAAAUUACUUAUUUGGAUAUUGAAUGUGAUCGAAUGGCUGUUAUUAUUUUAAUUAAAAUUUUACACACAUUAACAAAUCUGAAUUCAAUCAGAUUAUCAAAUUCACCAUUCUGUGAAAAUUUAGUUUCAUUCCUGAAUGUAUGA